AUGUUUAAGAAAUUUGACACAGAUUCGACUAGCACUUCCACGCAAGUGAAGGCAUCUGUCCAACGUGGUAUCAAAGCUCAGAUUGCCGAGGCUCACCCCAACAUUACCGAAGAGCAACUGGACGCAUUGUUGCCAAAGAAACCACCACUAGUACAAUACAAGGCUGGCCAACAUUUGAUGCUUUACUGUAAACGAGUGGAGCGGGAAGGUGCAAGUCCAUCCGAUGAACCAGUAUUUUUUCAACAACGUGAUGGGCCCAUCCUACCUGCGCUAAAAAUUGUACACAAAUAUCCAUCGAUCAGCUUUACAAAGGUAACAGUUGACAAGGGAGCCAUUCCAUACCUACUUGGUGGUGCUGAUGUGAUGUGCCCGGGACUUACGAAUCCAGGAGGAGAAAUGCCUGCCGAUGGUGAAGAGAAGGAUGAGAGUGGAUUUGAUAAGCCGGGUCUUGCCAAAGGUGCAGGUGUGGUGAUCUAUGCGGAGGGCAAAGAACAUGCCAUUGCGACUGGUGUCAUGAAGAUGAGCUCUGCCGAGAUACGGGAAAAGAACAAAGGAGUCGGAAUUGAAUUGAUGCACCAACUGGGCGAUGGAUUGUUCAUGAAUGAUGAUCUUUAG